AUCUUACUCAGCCUGUUAAUCAUUGUUAGAUUACUUUCUUACCCCCUUCUUUUGUCACUAAUGCCAUUCUGCAACUCUUUGACCAGUGAUUGGUUUGGAAUUAACAGGGCAAGUAUGGGCACACAACCUUUGUAAAUCGACUGGAACAUGAAUACACAUCUGUGCACACACAGAAACACACCCAUCCAGGGCCGGCCCAAGCCAUUUGGGGCUUCUAGGCAAGAUUUGGUUGGCGGCCCCCCAACUCAUGGCAAAAACCUGUAGCAGUGUUCUUCCUGACGGUGAUGGAGGUCCCUCUGGAAGAGAGAUACAAUGAUUGAGAGAAGAGUUUUGUCUUUGUGGGAGUCAUAACAGCUAGCUGCCCAGGGAGUGACAGGGCCCUGUGGAACUGAUGGGAGAGGAAAUGUUCCUUCACUGAUCGCUGGAGUGAAACAGAGGCGUUUCUUUUUUUCUAAGAACAAACCAGCAGCAAUCUGUGCUCACACUCACACCGAGGCCGACAGACCAGCUUUCAUCACCUAAUCCACAGCUGUUGAGCUAGUGUUGAGGUAGAUAUGUUGGGAACCAGUCAUGACCCAUCUGAAUCAAACACUGGGGCUGGCCCAGAACAGGACCACUGCCUCUAUCUGCGCAGACUGUUGGGGAAGGAGACUGCUGAUUACUUCCUCAACCCAUCUCCCACCCACACAGCUUCGCCCAACUGGUACACAGUACUAAUGGAGCACAUGGGAGGUGAGGUGAGUGCUGAGGCUCUUUGGGAGGCCCUAACAGAACAUUCCACCAAACAACUCAAAAACCAAGAGGAUAUUUUGUCUCUCAAGAGAGACCGGGGUUACCUACGACACCUGACUGGGGUCAGGUUGAUGUUCUACCUGGCCCAGCUUAAGCAGGCUUAUUCUGCCCAGCUUCUCUCCUUCAACCACCCAGCUUUGCUCCAAGAUGAGCUGGAACAGGGACCAUAACGUUGUAGGCGAAACUACUGUUAGUAGACGCAUAGUGCUUUUACCUAAUGUUUAUUAUAGUUCUGAGAGCUGUGCUAAUUGAAAAUAAUUUAACCAAAAGUAUUAUUUCAAUCUCAUUGAAGAUGUAAACGCUGUUUUAUUGAUUUUGUAACAAAAUCCCAUUGUGUCAGUAAAGUUUUGACUGUGUGUUUUGGUAAGUAUUUUCCACAAGAGGGCAGUCCCAGAUUAUGGACAGGAUGAAUGUUUAAGUCCAAGGGAUGGACAGAGUUCUCUGUGUCCAUGCCUUUAUUGCAUGCCAUUCUGCAUGAUGCUUGCACACGUCUCCACACACUUACGUCACAGAUGGUUUUGGUAUUUAUAACUGUUUUUUAAUUGAACCCGUACAAGCUCCAGUUUUGAUUUAAAUUGUAUGUGUAUAGUUUCAAAAAAAUAUUUUAUUGUAUUUGAGUGUGUUAAGUUUGUAAUUAAA